AUGUCUGGCCCGUCCACCUCUGGGCUUGGACCGCUGUCAACUACAGGAGAGUCCGAGUCCCACUCUGCGAUACCCACAUAUGCACGGCCAGUAAAGGGCAAGCCUGCCAUCCGGGUGUUCUCACUAGACGAUAACGAUAGCCCAUCCACCACACCAACCCCUCCGUCAGUGAAACUGGCGCCCGAUACGGACGCCGAAGUCUCAACUACUCCACCGACGAAAGAGGUCCACGAGGGCCCGGCAUUGCUGGCCCCCACGCCUGUCCGCGCGAGGGGGGUCGACCCAGAGAAGCUUGGUGUUCCCGAAGCGCUCGAGGGCAACGAAGUGUCGGCCAACAACCCCACCAGCCAUCGCAGCAGGGCCUCGUCUCAUGUUGGAUCGACGCAUUCUACAAGGCGGCGGAAUGCUGGCCCCCGGGACGACACGACCCACAACGAUGCCGAUGGUGAAAAGCACGUCAACUUUCCCGUGAAAGAAGGAAGUACGAGGAGUGGAAGUGGGAGUGCGAGUGGGAGUGCGAGUGGGAGUGCGAGUGGGAGCGAGGAAGCGGCUCCCAAGCCCCCGGUGCCGCUCUGGAAGCGCACACUAGACAAGAUCCUUGCCCACCCGGAGAUGGCUUGGAUCAAACCCAAGAUGAACUUUCAGGACUGGAAGACUGUGUUGCGCGUGUCCUUGAGUAUGUGGCUUGGAUACCUGUUGGUCCUCAUCCACAAGACAGGUCUCUUCCUCGGCAUGGCAGCGUUCCUCGUCCUGAUUGUCUCGUGCAUGAUCCCACCACAUCAGCCGUUUGUGCAGGUCGUCGAGGUUCUGUGCAACCUCUUCUUCUACCUUGCCCUGGCCUGGGCAUGGACCGUUAUCGGUACUGCCAUUGCGUAUGCUGUGCGAGUCCCCACAGAUCCCGCCAAGAUUGCAGCCGCCGAAGCCAUGUUUGCCUUCGAGACCAACCCGACCAUUAAGAUGGUUAAAGUGGCCGCCGAGGGCACGUUCCUCCAGGCCAGACCUGCGGUUGUGUGCAGCGUAUUCCUUUGCGUUGGAACUGGUGUCUUUCUUUGGUGGAAAAUGCGCACCGCGCCAAGUCCCGCCACCUUCCCCCUGGUUCUGAGCUGUAUCCUCAUGGACGUCAGUCUCACUCUCAUUCCCUUGUACCCGAACGCAUACUACAUGGCCCCCUUCCUGGUCUUCAAGCCCAUUUGCAUCCAGGCAGGCAUCGGUCUGCUAUGUUCCGCCCUCAUCUUUCCGCAGUCCGUGUCGCACUUGUUCCGCCGGCGCUUCACGGGAGUCAUCUCGCCUCUCCUCAAGGGAAUGGACCAGAUCGAGGAGCUGUUUUCAGACGCGAGCACCAUGUCGUCGUUUGCGGAUGAACAGCACCACCAUCACCAUGCCGUCAACUUUGACCUGCCUUCGAAUGAGGUUGAGGAGAAGCUCGCGGCAUGGGGCGAUCGGUCCGAUAACGUCCGCCAGACCUUACUGGGCAGUUUGACUGGAAUGGCUCCACUGCAGGCUAUCCAGCGCUACCUCAGUGUCGACAUCAGCUACGGCCGCCUCUCGGGAGAAGACCUCGACGACCUGUUUGAAAGCCUCACGUCGAUGCAGGUCCGUGCCUCGGGUCUGUCAUUCUUCUUCAACGCGAUCGUCAACAAGAUUCGCCACACGCACAUCGACAGCGUUGCAUUCAGCGCACAGAACGCCAUCAGCCAGAGCCAGAGCCGUCCACCAAGCCGUCCCCCGUCACGUCCCUCGUCACGUCCGGGAUCGAUCCGCAACUCGGAGAGCGUCGAUGCCAAUAUGAACAGGAUGGGCGAGAGUACACCCUCGCGACCUGCGACCCCGCUUCCGGCAGACUCGGAAGACGAGCAUGACCACGCCGACCACCACGAAUCACUUGCCCGCCAAGCUCAAAGGCAAACUCGAAACACCGGCAGCACCUCCGCUCUUCACUCGCACAAGGGGUCGCACCUCAGUCUGCUCGAACACUUGCGCAAGGCUCAGCAGCCUGUUGGUGUGUACGAGUCGCAGCGGUACAUGGACGUUGAGCGGGGAGACGACCGUGACCUGGUUCGCAUCGUUCAGCAGCUCGAGUUGCUCAGUAAUGGCUCCCUCCCACUCGUCAAAGCGCUCCGGCAAGGCCUCACCCUCUCGCUCAAGUGGGCCGAGACUAGCGACAGGAAGCGUUACGCGAUGAUGCGCGACAUGCAGCGUGCGUACAGCGAGCUGAACGUCAUGCUCCAAGAGUUCCGGGAGCAUCGUACCGAGGUUAUUCGACCAUACGCCCACUUGUUUGACCCCAACCAUCCAUCCAACGAGGCUGUCAGCGGUAUCCAUCACAAGGGACUGUACUACUGCUUUGUGGCGCAGUACCACCUGAUGGAAUUUGGCGAGGCAGAGGUCGAGUUCUUGGGCAAGGCGGUCAAGUAUGAUGAGGAGCGCCAAAAGCGCCGCUGGUGGUUCCCCCGCCCGCUGGUGCUGUUCCGCCAGUUCCGCCAGUCGGUCAAGUCGGAGCACGAGACCGGUGCGGAAGCCGAAGACGACGAAGGGGUUGACCAUGAUGAGCACGACGACGAGCUGGGCGAGGCUCGCAGGCGUAACCCAGACUACGAGCCCUUUGACAACACCUUCCUCAUCCUCCUGUCCAAGAUGUCGUUCCUCCCCGAUAUCCUCUUCUCCAGGUCGGCAAUGUACGCUCUCAAGGCGGGCAUUCUCGGCUGUCUCACUUCGCUCCCGGCCUUCCUCGCAUCCUCGAGCAGUUUCUAUUACUACAACCGCGGUAUCUGGGCCACGAUCAUGGCCCAGAUGACGCUGGCCGUGUUCAGUGGCGACACAUUCUCAUCGUGGUUGUCACGUAUCAUCGCAUCGUUCUGGGGCGGCAUUGUCGGCCUGGCAAUGUGGUACAUUGGCUCUGGAAACGGAAAAGGCAAUCCAUACGGAUUGGCAGCGGUUACUGCAGUCAUCUUCCCCCUGGCCUGCUUCUACCGUGUCCAUUACCCGGUCGUCCUCACCACGGUCGUGUUCACCACGAGCAUGUGUCUUGUCGUCGGAUACUCGUACCUCAACGGCCACCUCUUCCGCCUCACCAACGCCAGUUGGGGAUGGGACGUCGCGUGGCUCCGUUUCGUCUGUGUGGUUAUUGGAAUCACCUGCGCGUGGCUCUUCUCUUAUAUUCCGCCGUCGUACUCUGCCAAGGUUGCCAUUCGCAACUCGUACGCCCGGUCCAUCAACACUGCUGGCCGUAUCCUGUGCCAGAUCCUCUCGGCAGCCAAUGACCCCCACAACGAAGUGCUACAGAGUCAUAACAAGGAGACGAGGAAGGACCUGAUUAAGGCGCGCGCAAAGCUGUCAAAGCUCGGCGUGCGCCAUGCCAAUGCCAAAAAGGAGUAUUCGUUCCGCGGCCGGUGGCCCGAGGAGAAUUACAAGGGUCUCUUGAAUACCCUCGUUGAAACCAUGUCGCUUCUGGCGCAGUUCAACCACCUUUUGCCUCAGAUGGACGUCAAGUGGCGCCGCGCUCUGUUGUCACGUACGCGCAUGUCGGACCCGCUGUUCCUCGGCGACGUCCUGGCUGUUAUUAGCAUGACCUCUGCCGCGCUCAACGCCGGUACGCCUCUACCGCAGAUCACUCCCGGUCCUCUUAUUGCCAAAUACCACAUGAACAAGUACAAGGGCCUCGAUCUGCCCCUGGACCCGGCGGGCGGGUACGACGAUGCCCCCACGCUCGUGACGGUCGAGGUGCUCGAGAGCGACGAUUACAUGCGCUACGCCCUCGGCGUGGCGACGGUGUAUGCCCUCAUGUCGCGUCUCGAUGGCCUGGUCGCGGUGUGCAAGACGCUCCUGGGUGAGACCUUCCAUAUUUCCAACAUGCGCCUUGGCGAGUACAGCCUCGCAUAG